CCCCAGCAAUAACACCCUCACCUCCCCGGAAGGCCUCAGGGACUUCCGAAAGCUUUGACCCAGUGGCCCUUACUCUGCAGACCAAAACCACAACCAUGUCACUGCGUGACUGCCAGGCGUGGAAGGAUGCUGGUCUCCCGCUCUCAACCACAAGCAAUGAAGCCUGCAAGCUGUUUGAUGCCACCCUGACCCAGUAUGUCAAGUGGACCAAUGACAAGAGUCUUGGUGGCAUCGAGGGCUGCCUGUCGAAGCUCAAGGCAGCAGAUCCAACCUUUGCCAUGGGUCAUGUCAUCUCUAACGGCCUUGUGCUCAUUGGCACGGGAAGUUCCAUGAAGCUGGACAAGGACAUGGCCCAGGCUGUGAAGAUGAUGGUGGAGGUCUCCCAAACCCAGACUCUGACGCCUCGGGAGCAGCUGCAUGUGUCUGCAGUGGAGACGUUUGCCAAGGGGAACUUCCCCAAGGCUUGUGAUCUCUGGGAACAGAUCCUUCGGGACCACCCAACCGACAUGUUGGCCCUCAAGUUUUCCCAUGAUGCCUACUUUUACCUGGGCCACCAGGAGCAGAUGCGGGAUUCUGUGGCUCGAGUUUACCCCUUUUGGAAACGUGAUGUCCCUCUUAACAGCUACGUGAAAGGCAUCUAUUCUUUUGGACUGAUGGAAACCAACUUCUAUGAUCAGGCACUAAAGCUUGCCAAAGAGGCUUUAUCUGUUGAGCCAACAGAUGCAUGGUCAGUGCACACCGUUGCCCACAUACACGAGAUGAGAGCAGAGAUCAAGGACGGGCUGGAGUUCAUGAAGAACACCGAAGGCCACUGGAAGGAUUGUGAUAUGCUCGCUUGCCAUAAUUAUUGGCACUGGGCCCUGUACUUGAUUGAAAAGGGAGACUAUGAGGCUGCACUAACCAUCUAUGACAGCCAUAUCCUCCCCAGCCUGCAGGCCAGUGGUACCAUGCUGGAUAUGGUGGACAGCUGCUCCAUGCUCUACCGUCUUCAGAUGGAAGGGGUGCCCCUUGGCCAGCGGUGGCAGGCUGUCCUACCAGUGACUAAGAAGCAUACCCGAGACCACAUCCUUCUGUUCAAUGACGCUCACUUCCUGAUGGCCUCCCUGGGUGCACAGGACCUCCAGAUCACAGAGGAGCUGCUGACCACCCUGCAGGAGGCCAGCAAGUCCCCUGGGGAGAACUGCCAGUACCAGUUGGCACAAGAUGUGGGGCUGCCCCUGUGCCAGGCCUUUGUGGAGGCUGAGAACGGGAACCCUGACCGAGUCCUAGAACUUCUCCUGCCAAUCCGCUACCGAAUUGUCCAGAUUGGGGGCAGCAAUGCUCAGAGAGACAUCUUCAACCAGCUGCUGAUUCAUGCGGCCAUCAACUGCACCUCCAGCGCCCAUAAGAAUGUGGCCCGGAGCCUUCUGUUGGAGCGUGAUGCCUUGAAACCCAACUCACCCCUGACUGAGAGGCUCAUCCGCAAGGCAGCUACUGUCCAUCUUAUGUAGUGACCCAGGCCAAGUCCUUGACCUCCUGGCAUUAGGUUGACUUAUAUGGUUGGGUUAGGGUUAGGAAAUAGAGGAUAAGGUUCAGUCCUGAGCAGAAUCCUCCAAAUCAGUAGUUUGGUAGAAAUAUGGGGCACAAAUUACUUUGAAUGAUAUUCAGAAUUCCUCUCAGGGCCAACAUGCAUUUGUAAGCCUCUGGAACCCAAGCAGUGCUAUUAUUUGCAAAUGCCUUAGACUUUUUAUUUUCUUGUUCUGAGGCUGGCAGGCAGAGCAGAGCUGUGGCCAGCUCAGGUGAGAGGUGCAGAAAUGCCUCCCACAUAUACCUGGUACUAGCGAAAGCUUUUCAUUACUUUUUCUUACAUUCUACUCAGGUCCUGCUGUCACAUUUCCUUGGGGAGGAUGGCACUGAGCUGCCUGGGGUCCCAGCUAGCAGAAGAUUUUCCUUUUGAGUGGGGGAGGGGACUCUGCUUCAUUGGCUUUGGUUGUCAGCCCCAGACUGCUGCACUUGCCAGCAUCCCCAAAGAUGAGGGCGAGGAUGGCUUCUGUCUCCCUGGGGGGAUUUGGGGGUGCCAACUGGAGCUUCUCUUAAACUGCACAUGGAAGUGAAUCUUGAGGGGUGUGGCUUCCUUGGCAGACCUCUGAUUCUGCUAGCAUGAGUAGGUCUGAGACCUGAGCCCAGAGCUGCUCUGCUGUGGCAAAUAACCAGAACCCUGACAUGGCUGCCACAAGACUUCAACCCAUCUCCUGCUGCUGCUGUGACAGGGACAUCCUCCUGGAGGGGCUGGUGCAGGCUUGAUGCUGUCCUCCAGAAGGGCAGGUGCAAAUGCAAAGAUGUUCCUCAGGUCCCUUCAGUUCCCACUCAAUAUGGACUGAUGGGCAGGUCUCCCUGGGGACACUGAGGUCUCCAAACCCCCCAAGCUUUGCUCAGUCUGCCCAGGCCUGGAAAAAUUCUGGGCAUUUAAAUAAUUUAAUUCUUUGCUAUGACUACUCACUCCAAUGGGCACCUGCGAGUGUCUAUCUCCUAGGUGCCAGGUUUGGGUUGGGUCCUUGGGAGAUGUGUUACUCCUUCAAUUUUCAAUGGAGUGGGCAGCAAGUCAAGAAAAUGUAUAAUUGCUGUAGGAUUUUAAGUGGUACUGUCUCUCUACCCAGGAGUCUGGGACAGGUGCCAAGGGAGGAGGCUCCUCAUGUUAUUUUUAUUACCUGAUUUCAAUUAAUAAUGAUUUACCCAGGAAGCAGAAGCCUCCCUCCCUCUUUCAGAAGCCUUUCACCCUGGCUGUGGGCUGGCGACAAAGCCUUCUCUUUGCCUGACAGCCCUCAGCACCUAUUACACCACUUUCUGCUCUGAUUUCUCUCUGGUCAGGAAGUGUAAGCUCUGUAUCCCCCAGCUACUCAAUGGCUUCCACUGAAUAGCUGCCUGUAAAAACUAGUGUAUAGGCUUUAAUAAAGGAGGGAAUGAAUCUACCAAGGACAGUCACUGAUUUAAAGAGAAAGUGUGUGUGUGUGUGUGUGUGUGUGUGUGUGUGUGUGUGUGUGUGUGUCUUGUGUAAAGAGAAGGCUUCAUGGUGAAAAGCAAUUGCUGCUCUUCUAGAGGACAAGAGUUCAGUUCCCAGCACCCAUGUGGC